AACAAAUUUAAAAGACACGUUUUGACAACGUUUUAUACAACGCGAGUAAUAGGCGCAUGCGCACUAUGUCUGUCCAAGUUGACUUCCGUUUCGUAGUAUCUUCCUUUUCUUUCUAAACGUUCAAGAUGGUAAACGUUCCGAAGCAAAGACGUACUUUUUGCAAGAAAUGCAAGGUACAUAAGCCGCAUAAGGUGACACAAUAUAAAAAGAGCAAAGAAAGGCAUGCGUCACAAGGUAGAAGACGUUAUGACCGUAAACAACAAGGUUUUGGUGGUCAAACGAAACCUAUAUUCAGAAAGAAGGCUAAAACUACCAAGAAAAUAGUGUUAAGAAUGGAAUGUACAGAGUGUAAGUACAGAAAACAAAUUCCUCUUAAAAGAUGCAAGCACUUCGAAUUAGGUGGUGACAAGAAGCGAAAGGGACAAAUGAUUCAGUUCUAAAUGAUUUAUUUUAUGCUAUGUUCUGUAUAUUUAAUAAGAAAUAAAAUAAAUCUUCAGAAUUUUUAUAUUUGUUUAUUUUAUUAAGAGUGAUUUCUUUUCUAUAUAACAAGUACGUUAACGAUAGCAUGUUUGUAAUAUUCAACGAGUUAGUCACCUUCAUUCGCAGCUGUAUCUGCCACGUUUGGUUUGCUUUUAGAAGAUAUACGUUGAGGAGGUUUGCUGUUAUGGUCAAAAGAUAAAAAUGCUGUUACUGUCGUGUAAAAAUGCGAAAUAGAAAAUUAUAUAGCAAAUGGAA